GGACAGCGAGGAAGGCGGGUGGUGGGGCUAGGGGCCUGAAACGGCGGUAUCGGGGUUGGCGGCGGCAGCUGAGGCCUUGGCCGAAGCCGCGCGAACCUCAGGGCAAGAUGCUUGGAACUGGGCCCACCGCCGCGGCUGCCGCUGCCACAUCUAGCAACGUGAGCGUUCUGCAGCAGUUUGCCAGUGGCUUGAAGAGCCGGAGUGAGGAGACCAGGGCCAAAGCUGCCAAGGAGCUCCAGCACUAUGUCACCAUGGAGCUGCGUGAGAUGAGUCAAGAGGAGUCUACUCGCUUCUAUGACCAGCUGAACCAUCACAUUUUUGAAUUGGUUUCCAGCUCAGAUGCCAAUGAGAGGAAAGGUGGCAUCUUGGCCAUCGCCAGCCUCAUAGGAGUGGAAGGCGGGAAUGCUACCCGAAUUGGCAGAUUUGCCAACUAUCUUCGGAACCUUCUCCCCUCCAAUGACCCAGUUGUCAUGGAAAUGGCCUCCAAGGCCAUUGGCCGCCUAGCUAUGGCAGGGGACACUUUCACUGCUGAGUAUGUGGAAUUUGAGGUGAAGCGAGCCCUGGAAUGGCUGGGUGCUGACCGCAACGAGGGCCGGAGACAUGCAGCUGUCCUGGUUCUCCGUGAGCUGGCUAUCAGCGUCCCCACCUUCUUCUUCCAGCAAGUGCAGCCCUUCUUUGACAACAUAUUUGUGGCUGUGUGGGAUCCUAAGCAAGCCAUCCGGGAGGGGGCUGUAGCCGCCCUCCGUGCCUGUCUGAUUCUCACCACUCAGCGGGAGCCAAAGGAGAUGCAGAAACCUCAGUGGUACAGGCACACAUUUGAAGAAGCAGAGAAAGGGUUUGAUGAGACCUUGGCCAAAGAGAAGGGCAUGAAUCGUGAUGAUCGGAUCCAUGGAGCAUUGCUAAUCCUCAAUGAGCUGGUCCGAAUCAGCAGCAUGGAGGGUGAGCGUCUGAGAGAAGAAAUGGAAGAAAUCACACAGCAGCAGCUUGUGCACGACAAGUACUGCAAAGAUCUCAUGGGCUUUGGGACGAAGCCUCGUCACAUUACCCCCUUCACCAGUUUCCAGGCUGUACAGCCCCAGCAGUCAAAUGCCUUGGUGGGGCUGCUGGGGUACAGUUCUCACCAAGGCCUCAUGGGAUUUGGGGCUUCCCCCAGCCCAGCUAAGUCCACCCUGGUGGAAAGCCGGUGUUGCAGAGACUUGAUGGAAGAGAAAUUUGAUCAGGUGUGCCAGUGGGUGCUGAAAUGCAGGAAUAGCAAGAACUCGCUGAUCCAAAUGACAAUCCUUAAUUUGUUGCCCCGCUUGGCUGCAUUCCGACCUUCUGCCUUCACAGAUACCCAGUACCUCCAAGAUACCAUGAACCAUGUCCUCAGCUGUGUCAAGAAGGAGAAGGAACGGACAGCAGCGUUCCAGGCCCUAGGGCUACUUUCAGUGGCUGUGAGGUCCGAGUUUAAGGUCUACUUGCCUCGCGUGCUGGACAUUAUCCGAGCAGCCCUGCCCCCUAAAGACUUUGCCCAUAAGAGACAGAAGGCAAUGCAGGUGGAUGCCACAGUGUUCACAUGCAUCAGCAUGCUGGCACGAGCAAUGGGCCCGGGCAUCCAACAGGACAUCAAAGAGCUGCUGGAGCCCAUGCUGGCGGUGGGCCUGAGCCCUGCCCUCACUGCUGUGCUCUAUGACCUGAGCCGCCAGAUUCCGCAGCUGAAGAAGGACAUUCAAGAUGGGCUUCUGAAGAUGCUGUCUCUAGUCCUUAUGCAUAAACCCCUCCGCCACCCAGGCAUGCCCAAAGGCCUCGCCCACCAGCUGGCCUCCCCUGGCCUCACCACUCUCCCUGAGGCCAGUGAUGUGGGCAGCAUCACUCUUGCCCUCCGAACCCUUGGCAGCUUUGAAUUUGAAGGCCACUCUCUCACCCAGUUUGUCCGCCACUGUGCGGAUCAUUUCCUGAACAGUGAACACAAGGAGAUACGCAUGGAAGCUGCCCGUACCUGCUCCCGCCUGCUCACACCCUCCAUCCACCUCAUCAGCGGCCAUGCCCAUGUGGUUAGCCAGACUGCAGUGCAAGUUGUAGCAGAUGUGCUCAGCAAACUGCUCGUAGUUGGGAUAACAGAUCCCGACCCUGACAUCCGCUACUGUGUCUUGGCGUCCUUGGAUGAGCGCUUUGAUGCACACCUGGCCCAGGCAGAGAAUUUGCAGGCCCUGUUUGUGGCCCUGAAUGACCAGGUGUUUGAAAUCCGGGAACUGGCCAUCUGCACUGUGGGCCGACUCAGUAGCAUGAAUCCGGCCUUUGUCAUGCCUUUCCUGCGCAAGAUGCUCAUCCAGAUUUUGACAGAGCUGGAGCACAGUGGCAUUGGGAGAAUUAAAGAGCAGAGUGCCCGCAUGCUGGGGCACCUAGUCUCCAAUGCCCCCCGACUCAUCCGCCCCUACAUGGAGCCUAUACUGAAGGCUUUAAUUCUGAAACUGAAAGAUCCAGACCCUGACCCAAACCCAGGUGUGAUCAAUAAUGUCUUGGCCACAAUUGGAGAAUUGGCUCAGGUUAGUGGCUUAGAAAUGAGGAAAUGGGUUGAUGAACUUUUUAUCAUCAUAAUGGACAUGCUCCAGGAUUCCUCUCUCUUGGCCAAAAGGCAGGUGGCUUUGUGGACCCUGGGGCAAUUGGUGGCCAGCACUGGCUAUGUGGUGGAGCCCUAUAGGAAGUACCCCACCUUGCUUGAGGUGCUGCUGAAUUUUCUGAAGACUGAGCAGAACCAGGGCACACGGAGAGAGGCUAUCCGCGUGUUAGGGCUCUUAGGGGCUUUGGAUCCCUAUAAGCACAAGGUGAACAUCGGCAUGAUUGACCAGUCUCGGGACGCUUCUGCUGUCAGCCUGUCAGAAUCCAAGUCAAGUCAGGAUUCCUCUGACUAUAGCACCAGUGAAAUGCUGGUCAACAUGGGAAACCUGCCCCUGGACGAGUUCUACCCAGCUGUGUCCAUGGUGGCCCUGAUGCGGAUCUUCCGAGACCAGUCCCUGUCUCACCAUCACACCAUGGUUGUCCAAGCCAUCACCUUCAUCUUCAAGUCCUUGGGGCUCAAGUGUGUGCAGUUCCUGCCUCAAGUCAUGCCCACAUUCCUUAAUGUCAUUCGAGUCUGUGAUGGGGCCAUCCGGGAA